UAAUACGCACACCCCGUCUCUCCUCAAUUUGAUGCGCUCGGAAAACAGUGACGUCUUUUGAAACGCGUUGUCCCCGCGGGUAGGAAAAUAUGCGGCAGUCUGCCAUUUUUAAGGAUUUGUUUUUGUUUUCCAAGAUUAUAGUUCAGGAGCUUGUGCGAAAAUUGCCUGAUGAAGAAUGCAAAAAAUUCGUAAACAUUUGCGAUGAAUAACUAAGAAUCAAGUGAUGGUAUAUGGCUAGCGAUUUAAAAUAAACAAAUAUUUUUUCAAAAGAAUUAUGCUUUAUGUUAAAAGCAGGAUGAAAAGUGACUAUACACGGCCAUUACUUACAGUUUUAUAACAAUAACAAAACAGACAUCACCUCCAGCUAACUUCCCAGUUACAUUAACUUAACCUGAUUUUGGCUGCAUGCGCAAAGCUGCAAAUUAGCAUGGCUGUCCAACCAGUUGAUACACUUCUAGAGCAGUUGGAAAUAUUACAAAGAAUGAUAGAUGUACCAGCUCAGUCUCUUAAAGAUUUAAGAGAAAAAAAAGAAUCCGGGUCAGAGCUUAUUAACAAAGAGAAAAAUGUUUUAGAGGGAAAGUUGAUGAAAUUCUUUGCCAAACAAAUCAUAGCCAAAUUAAAUUUUGGUCCUGGCAUUGCAGAAAAAGAACUUGAAGUUAGAAACUACCCUAGGCUUGAUCAAUUUCUAUUUGUUGUUGACAUUGAAGACAAUAUGGUGCAGGAGAUAACAACGAAGUGUUCUUCUGUUGAAGAGCUUUGUUUGUUCUCAGAUGAAAAGAUUAAUGGCAUUUUUUACAACCAUAAUGAUGACACCGAUGUGGGACAACGUUUAGAAGCACAAUGUAAAAGAUUAAGAAUGGCAUUAAAAAUACUUCGAUCUUAUGUUGAAAAACUACAAAGUGGAGGGAAAACAAGUGAUUUGCAUUGGUCCUCUUGGUUUGACACUGUUCCUGAGUCACCAUCUCCAAACAUUAGAGCAUCAAUUGCUUCCUAUCUGUCUUUAUUUUCAUACUCCCCAACCAGUGAUGAUGUCUUGCGCCAGUUGUUUCCCCUGUCACUAGGAGGUUCCAUACCACCCAGUCCUAAUCCUUGCCGUAAUGCAUUAACAAUACCACGAAGCAACUCUGAAGAUGCUAAUGUUGGACAGAAAAUACACACUGAAAGCACUAGCAGUGGUGGUAGCUCAGGAAGCAGCUCACGGUACCACGUUAAAAGUUCAAAGAAACGAAAAAAUAACUUAGUUAUUACACUAGAGUCAGAAACUGAUUCUGAAAAUUCAAAGUCAAGAUCAUCAUCCAUGUCUCAAUCACCCCGUACUCCAACAGGAGUUGGACCAUUCUCAACAUUAAGGCAUGAAAUAAAACAUCGUUUCUCUGCCAAGUUGUUGAUUUCUGUGCCAUGUGAUUAUUGCAACAGAAUUAUGUUUACUGGAUAUAAAUGCAAAGAAUGUGGGUUUAAAUGUCACAAAAAAUGUAAGCGAAAAACACCACCUUCCUGCGGUUUACCUGAAAAACUAUUAAAUCACUUUCAGCAAGUAUAUCACAAGGAAAAGUUAGAUGGUAUACACCCUAUGAAAAGAACGAAUUCAGAACCAGGAGAUAUUAUUACCUCUGUAAAUAAUCACAAAGUUAUGAACAAAAAUAGAAGCCAUGAUAAUCUAAAAAGUCAAACAUUAAAUCGAUAUGGAGCUGCUGACUCGUAUUCUACAACUUCUUCUACGUCAUCAAGAUCGUCUUCAUCGUAUCAUGAUUAUUCUCCUCCUGGAACACCUUCAAAAUUCGAUACACAAAGUGAAGAUAACCCGACCUUUACAGGUCAUAAUGGUUAUCAUGAUAUGGACUUAAUUGAUACAUUUUCCAGCACGGCGAGCACUGUUAGUACAAUCAAAAGUGAGCUGUCCACAGACACUUUAAUAUUGACUGAAAGUGAAAAAUCCAAAAGCAGUAGCGAUACAAAAAGUACAAUUUCAUGUCAAGACGAUUGUACAUGUACCAUUGAUGAUAUCCAUGCCCAAAUAUCCGAUGUUGUUCCACAGCAUGUCAAAUUAAGAGACAGGGGAAGUUUAAUGUCAGAAUGGGUUAUUCCCUUUCAAGAUAUUGAAAUGGGUGAAAUGAUUGGUGAGGGACGAGUUGGAAAAGUUUACAAAGCGAAAUGGCAUGGCGAAGUGGCAUUGAAAGUUUUAUAUUUAGAGAAUCCUACUGUAGAAGAAAAAAAUGAUUUUAAGUACAAGGUUCAAAAUUUACGGCGGACGAGGCAUGAGAAUUUAAGUUUAUUUAUGGGUGCAUGUAUGGAGGCUCCUACUCUAGCAAUAGUUUGUUCAUUUUGUAAAGGUUAUACUUUGUAUACUCACAUACACGUUCUGGGUUAUAAAUUCGACAGUUCUAAACUUAUAUCAAUAAUUCAACAAAUUGUCCAGGGUAUGAGUUAUCUUCACGCUCGUGGAAUUGUACAUAAUGACUUAAAAACAAAAAAUAUCUUCUUAGAAAAUAACAAAAUUGUGAUAACAGAUUUUGGCUUGAUUAGCGUUGCUGAUGUAAAAGUUGUAAACAGUAAAAGAAAAAAUUACCUCCAAAUACCUCAAGGUUGGCUAGGAUAUCAAGCACCUGAAAUAAUGCGACGAUUGGACGCUCGCCAUCCAGGACAGGAGGUUCCUUUCUAUACAAAGGAGACGGAUAUAUAUGCGUUUGGGAGCGUUUAUUUUGAACUUCUUGCUGGUCACUUUCCAUUCAAUGGCGUACCAAGUGAAAUCGUCAUUUAUCGAAUCGGAAAAGGAUUCAAACAAACACUCAACGGCUUGCAAGUUCCAAAGGAAGAGAAGGAUAUUUUGUCAAUGAUUUGGGCGUUCAAUCCUGAAAAGCGACUAGCGUUUCACACUCUUUUUACAGCAUUUGAUCAUCUUCCAAAGAACACGUUAAAACGCUCACUCACAAGCCAACCCAUCACUCGAUCUGCAAAUGCGCUCAUUCUGUGACAGCUCUUAUUAAACUUGAGUGAAAUUCUUUGGUCUAGCUUUGGUGGAAAGCCUAGCAAAACGAUCUGUGGAAUCAUGAUUAAAAGAUUGAUGUAGAACAGGCAUUGUGGAUUUUGUUCAACAGUGACCACUAUUCUCCCGAAAGGAUGCAUCUUCUGGCCUUCGUAACGGAAGGCUGAGAUUAGAAAGGAGGUUUAAAUAACGACCGUGUGAUAAACUACUUCAUGAUAUAAAAAGUUUAUCACAGCAUUAUUGGAUUGUUUUGAUCCGUGUAUAAAGCAUACUAAAAACCCUUCCAAUUUGGGGAAUUAUGUCUGUAUUAUGAUGUGCAACUUGGUGUGGUAGCUGGCCUCUCAACAUCAUGUUUAUUAAAGUUGUUAUAACAACUAAUUUGAAUAUUGUAUAAAACUUGUUCUUGCUUCAUUUUGUGAAAAAAGAAAGCUGGGCGUCGUCAUGUUGUUACUAUAGUAACGACAUGUUCUGAGAAUAUAAGUGAUUUUAUUUUUGUAUAAUUUCUGUAUUUUUUGUUUUUUAUUUACAUUUUGUACACUUAUUUGGUGUCUUUAACUUGUCUUCGGUUUCUUUUCUUUUAAACAUCCGAUCUAUUUUAUUUAUACUUUAUUGUCACGUCUUGUUAUGGAUAAGAUUGGGAUGUAUUUUAAGUUUUAUUUUUUUUAUAACGUCAAUUUUGACGGAAUUGUCUUGAAAAAAAUUAAAUCAGAGAAAGCAAAUGGUUUUGAAAUCGAGUUGCAUUAAUAAUUCUGAUAAACUAUGGUGGAAUGUUUAAAAUAUCUCAAAUAGUUUAUUCUCGUUUGUUUUUUGUUUUUGGUUAUUUAAACUGAUUAGUUUGCCACCAGUCGAAAAAAAUAACACAACUUUUUUUUGUGAAUAAGACGAAGUAUGAAUCCAAUGUUUGCGCUCGUAGCAAUGUCUUUAGAAACCCUGAUUGACUUCUCGUCACAUUUUAAUUUCAACUUUAUUUCAGUUUAAUCGACUUUCCAUUUUUUUAUUCUUUUUAUAUUUAACUUUAUCUGUGUGCUAUUUUUGUUCAGUAAAUUAUUUUUUUUAUUAUUGACUUUAUUUUUACACCUAUUACACGCAUGCGUGAAAAGUUUAUACUAACGAUUCUAAUUGUCGUUGAAUUCACGAAAUAUUUUCGUGUUGUCCGGUACAUGGAAUAACUAAUAAACACCAUCUACUCAA